UCCUCUUCUUCUUCCAACGCAAUAUUACACAAACCAAAGCCCUGACUCUCUCCUUCAAAAUACUAAAGUCGUCGUCGUCUUUUAAGUUUAUUAUCUGCUGGAAGAAGCUUAAUAACAAGCUGCAAGACACCCAUUCCAUUCUGUUGGCACUGUCUUACUUUCUAGUAUACAGUUGAAAAGCCAAUCGGCACACAUGGAGCAUGUGUCCAAGGAGUAGUGACUUAUUUUCAGGAGGUCAGUGCUUUGAGAUUCAUCUGAUUCUUAGCUGGAGUUAAACAUUUUGUAAUGUUACGCCUGGCUUCCAAUAUUCUACGAAGAAGCUCAGCUAGAACCCUUGCAUCAUCUCGUGAUUUGUCGUUACAAUUGUUACUCCACCACAUUUUCCCACAACAACAAGACGAUUUCUGGCACCAACAACGGAGUUGUUUCUUUGAGCAGUCAAAGGCGUCGAGCCCUAGCCUCUCGAUAUGGAGGCGCAAGAAAGAGAUGGGCAAGGAGGGUCUCGUUGUCGCUAAGGAGCUCAAAAGGCUCUGCUCUCACCCUCUCCGCCUCGAUCGCUUCAUACGCUCCCACGUGUCCCGUUUGCUCAAGUCUGAUCUUCUGGCUGUUCUCGCGGAGUUUCAGAGACAAGACCAGGUCUUCCUCUGUAUGAAGAUCUACAAUGUAGUUCGCAAAGAGAUUUGGUAUCGGCCAGACAUGUUCUUUUACAGGGACAUGCUUAUGAUGCUUGCAAGAAAUAGAAAGGUGGAUGAAGCAAAGCAAGUUUGGGAAGAUUUGAAGGGGGAAGAUGUUUUGUUUGAUCAACAUACUUUUGGGGAUAUUAUCAGGGCUUUCCUAGAAAGUGAAUUGCCCUUGGAAGCAAUGGUUAUAUAUGAUGAAAUGAGAAAAUCUCCUGAAUCCCCUAUAUCACUGGCGUUUAGAGUUAUAUUAAAAGGGCUUCUUCCAUACCCAGAAUUGCGAGAGAAGGUGAAAGCUGACUUUGUGGAGUUAUUUCCAGAUAUGAUUGUUUAUGACCCCCCUGAAGAUUUGUUUGAAGAUCAAGAAUGGAAAAGUGAAAGCAAUGAUGAUUAUUGAUGUGCGAACCCAUGUUCUGGAAACAGUUGAUACUUAUCCAAAACUACUUCAAACUGAUCGAGUUUUGGGAGAUAUCUUCCAUGUCCGAGGAGCUUACCAUAUAAACCAACAGGCCCAGAAAUUUGUUCCUGCCAUAAUGAUUUGGUCUGUCCCGCAGAUGGAAGAGAUGGAGGGGAUGGUGAUGAUGGCUCGAUUACUCUAUGUUGCUGUUUCGUGGUUUCAGGAGGCCAGUAACCAGCAUCUGCUUAUCAGGAAGGGGUAUGCUGAAAAUAAUUCAACUUGUGCAGGUUUUGAAAUUCUCUUAUAUUUUCCUGUUUGUUUUAACCAAAAGGUAACUAUUAAGAUUUAUCUGCUGAUGUUGAUUAUUAAGGUUCCUUGUUUGAGUACAAAAGGAUUACAUUUUCUUUCUCUUCUAGUCCAAUUAAUAGUUUUGAGAAUAUUUUGUCUGCUCUUCUUUGGUGGACUCUGAAAGCCAUAGCUUCAAUAGUCGAUGAAAAGCUGUUGGAUUAGUAGUCCAACAAAUAGUUCUUUCACUGUACCAUUUUUUCGAACAAAAAAGAAAGAGAAAAGGUCUCCAAAAGUUCAAUGUUUCAGGGGAGCUUAUAGGUUUAACUGCACGCGCAUCAUCUAUCGCUAAUCAAGUUUUGUUUGCUUGGAGAAAAUCAGAAAUAUGGGAAUUACAGAUGGGCCGGAGUGUACGUGAUUGGUAGGUUGUAAGUCACU